UCUCAUGUCAGUGAUUUUACUUGGGCGUUCACACAGGCCGUUGCGCGAGGCGCUCCAAAGGCAAAUAGUAAUGUUUUCUGUUUUUAUAUGGCGGACGAAGAUGGCCUAAACCGAUUGGAAGGUACAUCGGGCGGACGCGGUGGCCUGAUCAUACGCAAGAAGAAAUCGGAUGAUGACGACAAGCGCUUCAAGCAUCCUGGCAAAUCACUUCUUGGUCUGGAUGUUUACGUUUUCGAGAAGUACAAAAACGAUAAGCGAGGCCUAUAUGCUGAUACGAGAAACGAGAAACACAAGCACAAAAGUCAUAGCAGCAGCAGCAGUAGCAGAGAUCAUGAAAGAAAGAGACACCGCAAAAAUCACUCUUCCCGGGAUGACGAUGUCAUCAAAACACCGCUUUUCAAGGUCCCGAACACUCCAUCACGAUCCGCCUGGGAAGAGGAUGAUACGGGCCGAACAGCAAAGGUGCACACUUCAAGCUGGGACACCCCGCUGUUAUCCACUCAUUCUGAUGGUGCGGGCGCUUCGACUACGCGCAGUAUCUCCAGCAUUUGGCGAAGUGAACGAAAGCAUGAACGACGAAGGCAUGAAAAAAGGAGACAUCGAGAAGACACGGUGCGUUCGGUGAAAGAAGAGGGAGAUAUGAUACCCGAGUUUCGUGAUGAUUUUGAACGAGCAGAAUGGGAACGAGAGCAGCAGAAGUUGGAUCGCGAAUGGUAUGACAAUGAUCAAGGAUACGAUGAGGAAAACAAUCCUUUUGCUCAGGUUUCGCAAGAAUACAUUGAAAAGAAGGAAAAACAAUGGCAGCAAAAACGUGAGAAGCCACGUCUCACGGUACGCCAGCAGCAGAUCAAGAAAGACAACGAAAUUGAUUUCUUUGACGAUGAAUCGGACGAGAAUCGAGUGACACUGCUUGUGCAGAAUGUUGUGCCGCCGUUUCUGGAUGGAAGAUUUGUGUUCACGAGGCAAAGUAAACCAGUUGUUCCGGUGAAAGACGCGACCUCCGAUCUCGCUGUUGUUGCCACAAAAGGAAGCAAAUUUGCAAGUCAUUUGUCUGAAUCGCAAGCUGUCUCGGAUUUUGCACUGGAGAAGUCGAUAAAGGAGCAACGCGAAUAUUUGCCAGUUUUUGCGGUGAGACAAAAAAUGCUGAACGUAAUCCGGGAUAACAGUGUGGUAAUCAUUGUUGGCGAAACCGGUAGUGGCAAAACAACCCAGUUGGCGCAGUAUUUGCUCGAAGAAGGCUAUAGUCAUAAUGGAUUAAUUGGUUGUACACAGCCUCGGCGUGUAGCAGCUAUGUCAGUUGCGAAACGAGUAUCUGAAGAGAUGGGUGUCGAACUGGGCCAAGAAUGUGGCUACGCUAUCCGAUUUGAAGAUUGCACGUCGGAGAAUACACGAAUAAAGUACAUGACCGAUGGUAUUCUUCUCAGAGAAUGUCUGGGCGAUCCAGACUUAGAUCAGUAUGCAGCGAUUAUUAUGGAUGAAGCACACGAGCGGUCAUUAAACACGGAUGUGCUGUUUGGUCUGUUGCGAGACGUCGUUGCGCGCCGUGCUGAUCUCAAGCUAAUCGUCACUUCUGCUACUAUGGACGCCGAGAAGUUCGCAAAUUUCUUUGGUGGACACACUCCAUGCUUUACUAUUCCUGGUAAAUGCAUAUUCCUGUACUUUGUUACUUGUGGUAUGAUCAAAAAUCAGCUGGAAGAGCUCGAUGAUGCUCCGCCGCUUGCAGUGCUGCCCAUUUAUUCGCAGCUUCCCAGCGAUUUACAAGCAAAAAUUUUCCAUAAAGCUCCCGGUGGUAUUCGUAAAUGCAUCGUCGCAACAAAUAUUGCGGAAACAUCGCUCACCGUUGAUGGAAUAUUGUUUGUUUUUCCAAUAUCGCAGGCUUCAGCAAAUCAGCGAUCUGGUCGUGCUGGUCGUACAGGGCCUGGCCAGUGCUUUAGACUGUACACUGAAAGACAGUUUAAGUCGAAACUUUUGGGGCGAGAUGCUGCUGAACGAAAACAGAAGAACCCGGCAGGCGACACCGAACUGGAUGGUGCAGCUGAAGAAGUUGCCAGCUUCGGCAAUAUCUAUUUUUUCCAGGUUUUCCCAAUAUCGCAGGCUUCAGCAAAUCAGCGAUCUGGUCGUGCUGGUCGUACAGGGCCUGGCCAGUGCUUUAGACUGUACACUGAAAGACAGUUUAAGGAAGAAAUGUUAGUGGCAACAGUGCCAGAAAUACAGCGAACUAAUCUCGCCAAUGUAAUUUUAUUGCUAAAAUCGUUGGGAGUGGAUGAUUUGCUGAAAUUUCAUUUCAUGGAUGCGCCGCCCCAGGAUAAUAUGCUUAACAGCAUGUAUCAGUUAUGGACAUUGGGUGCUCUCGAUAAUAUUGGUCAGUCUUUUUUUUGCGAAACAUAUGAACUUGUAAAAUUUCAGAAAAUGUGA